AUGCCAACAGUCUUACUUCCUUCUUCCGCUGCGGCCUUUGCGCCGCGCUCCUCCCCGAAUGUCGUGUUGAAUAGGAAGGUUGCGCCAUGGUUGACAGCGACACUUAAGAGAGUGAAUCGGGUCAAGCGUCCUCUGAACAAUGUCACCCAACACACCCGGUGCUUGACAGAGACCUUAUCAUCGGCAAAUGCGAUCUGGACCCUAUGCUCCAUGAUGUUCACCAAGGCUCCCGAGGCGGAACUACGGAAGGAUGAUGAUCCACUCAUUCAAGGUCUCUUUAACUAUCAGAUGAUCCAUAUCGAGGCCUACGUUGUACAUGUUGACAUGGUCUCUCGGAAUGAGGUGGCAUUCAAGCUGACCCCGGAGACGAUCGAGGCCUUGGUGGAUUAUCAUAAAGAGAUCUACUCAGUAGAUACCGCUGCCAACACUUGGGACUGGUCGGGGAAGCAAGGCCAACUGAAGAAGCUACAGGAGGAGUUUGUGCAAGCCGCUAACAAGUUCGUGUACCGCGCCAAUGCCGAGGCUUUGGAAGGAUUGGAGGAGGACGGUGCCGGAGAGUUACUAUGUGGAUUGAGCGAAGAGGCAAAGCAGGCGAUCUCGAAUUUGUUCGUGCCGCUGCUACCACCUCCACCACGGGUGGUGGAGGUGAUGCGUCCCGUUCCUCUUCUACCUAGUUCGACCGGCCCUGAAGCUUGGUGGCAUACUCCUAUUCCACCAUCCGCGCCAAUCGAGUCGUGGAAAGUACUGUCGCCCAGUCCAGCCAGCACGGAUGAUUCUAAUCCGAAUCUUUGGGCUAGUCUCAGUUUCAGUGAAGCCCAGCUGCCAUCGCCGACCCCGUCCUAUAGCCAGCCCUUCACCACCGCGCCAUAUUCGCAGUACGACAUGGUAACGGCCUCCAUGGUCCUCGCGCCCCUCCCGCUUCCCAGCAUGCUUGUACAACCUUGCGGCACAGCAUUCAAUAUGGGCGGUUUUGGUUGGGGAGAAUUCGCUCCCUUGCCCUACGGCACGACGAUCUAA